AUGAGCUACUGGGAGAGGAUGAAGAGCUCCAGCUGGGCAUACCCGACUGCUGUCCUCUCACUCUAUGGGUUCUUUGCAAACUUCAGACCUGCUGAGCCAUUCCUUACCCCUUACCUGGUCGGACCCUACAAAAACAUCUCAGAAGAACAGGUGACCAAUUACCUGUUUCCAAUCUGGACAUACUCCUACCUGGCCGUGCUCUGCCCCGUCUUCCUGCUGACAGACUUCCUGCGUUACAAGCCGGUCAUCAUGGUCCAGGGCCUGUUCCUCGUCACAAACUACGUGCUGCUGUGCUUCGCCCCGGGCCUGCCCGCCAUGACCUUCCUGCAGGUCAACUUCGCAGUGGUGACAUCCUGUGAGGUGGCCUACUUCUCCUACAUCUACAGCGUGGUCCCAGCGGAGGAGUACCAGCGUGUGAGCGGGUACCUGCGCAGUGCUAUGCUGCUGGGUUUCACGCUGGGCGCCUCACUGGGCCAGGUCCUGGUGUCGCUGGCGGGGAUGAGCUAUUUCUAUGUCAACGCGAUCAACCUGGGCACAGUGUCCGUGGCCUUCCUCCUCUCCUUCUGUCUGCCCAUGCCCCAACGUAGCAUGUUCUUCGAGGGGCAGUCUCAUUCUCCCCAGCAGGGCGGCGCUGUGGAUGAGGAGAGUGCAGCUGGAGGCUGGUGCAACUGGAGGGCCUUUGGCCAGGCCGGGGAGCUGCUGUGGAGGAGUUUCAGGGACUCGUACUCCUCCAGGCAGCUGGUCUACUGGGCCCUGUGGUGGGCGUUGGCCACCGCUGGAUACAACCAGAUCUUCAAUUACAUCCAGCUAAUGUGGAACCACAUUGAGCCCUCUGGCACCUCCUCUGUAUACAACGGGGGUGUAGAGGCCGUCACCUCACUCGUGGGGGCAGCGGCGGCCUUUUCUGUGGGGCACCUGCGGCUGGAGUGGGCAGUGUGGGGGGAGCUGGCGCUCGGCGUGUUUUCAGCCGUCAGCUCAGGGGCCGUGUUCCUCAUGGGCCUCACCAGCAGCAUCUGGGUCUGCUACGCCGGAUACGUCACCUUCAAGGCCUCCUACAUGCUGCUGAUCACCAUCACCACGUUUCAGAUUGCAGCGAAUCUCUCCAUGGAAUGCUAUGCUCUGACCUUUGGCAUCAACACCUUCACAGCCCUCCUGCUACAGACCGUUAUCACAGCCAUUGUUGUGGAUGAAAGUGCACUGGGCUCAGAUAUUGUGACGCAGUUCAUCAUCUAUGGCUGCUAUUAUGCAGCAAUUUCCCUGCUAUUCCUGGUUCGGGGGUCGUACACAGCAAGCCAGCACCACUGCAGGCCUGGACAGGCCUCGGGUCAGGACCUGAAAGAGGAUGUUGCAGUGGAGGUGCUCUCCUCGGCCCGGCUCUGA